UUUAAAUAAGGGGAAAACUCUGUAUAUAAAAGAACACUUCGUAUACAGACGACGUAUUUCAAAAAAGACAAGGCUUUUGUUCAACUGCAAAGCAAACACUCGAAUAAAAACCACGAUGGAAGGAUUCAAGAUGGCUCUGAUGCUAGUACUUCUGGUGGCGGUUUCGUAUACAUCGAGCGACUCCACGCCGAGCAAGUGGUGUGCUGAGCGCUGUGUGAAUCCGACGUGCCACGUCAAAUCCCGGGAAUACUGCUUGAAACAUCCGGGGAGCGUCUACGAACCCAACGGUGGUUGGUGUGGAUGUUGUCCCGGCUGCAUUAUAUACGUUGAUAUCGGCGGUAACUGUCAAGCGACCCGAGAUGACGGGUUUUAUGUUCGUUGUCGAAACUCUGUCUGCAACAAUAAAACUAAUAUUUGUGAAGCUCCGUAAGUUCACAAGUGGGAAUCAACACGAUUUGACAUGACGAAUUAUAUAAGCUAUAACUUCACUACUAUGGACCUCUCUGUUUGAAGUCUUUUUGCACAGAUUUAGUUAUUAUGACUUGUAUAAGUUUUCUAAUCCUAAUUAUAUCAUAUUUUAAACAUAGUUUAAAGUUCACUCUGGUCACUUGCAACUGCUGAUAAUAUGUCUCAAAGAUUGAUCAUCGUUGACAUCUUAACUCACGAGGAAUUCAUUCCUGUUAUGGCUACUGUUUCAUAUUUUCCCCACCACCAAAAUUUCAAUAACAUACGUCCAAUAAAAUGUAGGCGUGUGUCAUUCUGUCCACACGCUAAUUUGUUUUAAAUAAAUGAUGAUAUUACUGAACUACUUAUCUCGCUAUUCAAAUGUGUGUCUCAAAUAAAUCUUAAUUUAUACAAACGUAA